AUGCGUUCCACCACGUUCUUUUUUACUCUCCUUUCCCUAUUAUAUACAGUACUUCCAGUUGCAGGCCAGGAAUGUAGCGCAAUCAAAAAGUGCGCCACGGGCUGCUGCUCCAAGUUUGGCUUCUGUGGCACUAGCAAGGACCACUGCGGUGACGGCUGUCUCAGCACCUGUGACUUCAAGCUGGGGUGCGACGCCGACCGUCCCUGUGCUGACGAGACGUGCUGCUCCAAGUUUGGCUUCUGCGGCUUUGGCAAGGACUUUUGUUCGCCCGAGAACUGCGUGGCCGGUUGCCAUGCCAAGGCGCAGUGUGACCCGGGCUCGUUCGGCGCCGACUACGUCGAGCUCAAGAAGUGCCCCCUCAACGUGUGCUGCUCCAAAUGGGGCUACUGCGGCGCCACAGCCGAGUUCUGUGGCGAAAAAAAGGUUGACCGACCGUCCUGUGCUGCCCGCAGCGAUGCUCCGGUCAACCGCGUGGUGGGCUACUACGAGGGCUGGGCGGCACGUCGAAGCUGCCAUGCCUUUCAGCCCGAAGACGUGCCCAUGGGCGUGUACACGCAUCUGAACUUUGCCUUUGCCGGCAUCGACCCUCUAACAUAUAAGAUUGUCCCAGCCCAGAUUGAGGAUGUGGCUCUGUACUCUCGCCUGACGGAUCUGAAGAAGUACGACUCGUCCCUCAAGGUCUUCAUCGCCAUCGGUGGAUGGUCAUUCAACGACCCCGGCCCGACCUUCCACACCUUUUCGGAAUUGGCGGCCGAUCUGGCGAAGCAAAAGGUCUUUUUCAAAUCCCUUAUCAGCUUCCUUAACACGUACAACUUUGACGGUGUCGAUAUUGACUGGGAAUAUCCCACAACUCCGGAACGCGGGGGCCAAGAUGCCGACUAUGCCAACUAUCCGGACUUUAUGAAAAACCUCAAGGCUGCGCUCAAUGCUGGCAGUGGCGGACGUAAUGGCCUUACGGCGACGCUGCCCGUGUCAUUUUGGUACCUGCAGCAUUUUGACAUUGUCGAGCUAGAGAAAUGGGUCGACUUUUUCAAUAUCAUGUCGUACGACCUACACGGCCUUUGGGACAAGGGCAACAAGUGGCUGGGUGCCUACCUUAACUCGCAUACCAAUAUGACCGAGAUCACCGAGUAUCUGGAUCUAUUCUGGCGCAAUGAAAUCAAGCCGGAAAAGAUAACGCUCGGCUUAGCCUUUUACUCACGUACCUUUUUGGCCGCCGACCCUGGAUGCACCCACGCCCAAUGCAUGUUUGACUCGGUAGGCGAGGCCGGGCCUUGCAGCCGAGAUGAUAUUGGCGGCACGCUCACCAAUGCCGAGUUGACGGAUCAGAUUCGUGCUGCAGGUGUGACGCCGACGCUCGACAAGGACGCCAUGGUAAAGAUUGCCGUGAUCGGACGCAAGUGGAUUACGUACGACGACGAGGACACCUUCAGGCUCAAAGUGGACGCUGCACGCAAUAUGUGCCUCGGCGGCGUUAUGGUAUGGGCCGUCAGCCAAGACUACGCCGGCAGAUCCGCCAAAGUGGCCUCGACUGUCGGCAGGAAGAAGAAGCGUGGUCAAUCCGGCCUUUACGACACGCGCUUCUCGCUGCAGUUACAGGCAGCCACCAGAUAUAAAUCUCUCAAGGCUGUGACUGUCCAUAAGGACACAGAACUUAUUGACGAACCGUCGCCCAAAGUCGUCCGGAACCAAUGCUACUGGGCCAGUUGCGGUAUCAGCUGCGCCAGUGGGUAUACCACAGUGCCUCGAAUCGAUAGCGACGCGUCCCGGGACGAGGUCAUGCAGGACGGCUACCACUGCCAAGGCGGGACCCUGCGGCAGUUCUGCUGCCCGGCAUCCAAGACGAUUCCCAGGUGCGGCUGGUACGACUUUCGUAACGGCAAAUGUGGCAAGAAAGGCGCAUGCCCUGCCGGGAGCGAGAGCGUCAUCGCCCCGUCCAGCAAGCAGCGAGAGGUAGGUUCGACGAAAGUCGCCUGCGGCAACGACAGAGCGCAGCUUGCAUGUUGUCAAACCGCGGGAGACUCGGGCCGGGCGCUCGACUCCAUGAUUGGAUACGACAUAUGUAAGUGGCAUGGGACCGCUUCUGAGUCCUGCGACGAUUCCAGCAGUUUAGGUCCGUGCUCGGACGACCCUGAGCGCCAUUUCGACACGCUGAGCAGCUUCUGGGGUAGCGGCGCCGCGACAUGCCGCAAGCACGGCUACGAUCAGUACCGAACGCUAUGCUGCAAGCGUCCUGUGAUGGAUACGCAGUGGAUUGAUUGCUGGGGGCAGCCUUCCGCAGACAGAAGCAGCAAGCAUUGCAGUGGCUAUUGCCCAGAUGGAAAGAUUCGAAUGGCAAUGGAAAAACCUAGACCCUGGGAAGGGUGCAACAGCGGCGCCAACGCCGUGUGCUGCACUCCGCGAUUCCUGACUGAAGCUAACAACGUCGAAGAGAUCCAUCACGGUUACGUCUCCGCCCUUCAAAACGUUCUUGCUCACCCGGAAAACUGCAAAUGGGACAAAGUGGCAGGGCACGAACACAACAAGCGCGGUAUCGUCGACUACAGCACCGACUGCAAGGUCGCCCUUCAAGGCACCAUGAACAUGCUUGGUUCCCCCGAUUCUGGCGUCCAACAGAGAUACGUUAACGACUGGAACUUUGCUGUUAACUCAAUGGGCAUGUACGGUAUCCCGGCAUCAGCCAUGCAGACCCAGCCAGAGGGCUACGCCUUUAGCACCGCCCCUUCCCGGGCCGCGCAGACAGAUAUUGCCAUUGGUCUCAUUAACGUGGCCAAAAAAUUAGACACCGAAAAGAAAAAGCCUACCAAAUUCGUAUGGAAAUGCCCCAGUCAAUGGAAUUGGGAUGCGAGUCUUGAUAUUCAAGAGGAUCCGGAUGAUGGUGGUCUAGAAGUCAUCGAACCUGAGUCCCAAGGCAUCCCCAUUCAUCACCGCCGCUCUUUCGACCCUGAUUCUCUCCUGAACGCGUCAACAAAGACGAUGCUAGCGACCGGUGAGCGUGUUGCUGUCGUUUUUGAUGGCCAAGCGUCUUCUUCCGACGUUCCCCUGAACUCGUCCGACUAUAAAGCCAGCUCGGACCCUGACAAGGACGAUUCCCAGUCUGCCCCAGACUGCGGCGUCUCUAAGGGCUCUGAAGACUGGGGAAGGAUUCCUACACCCGAGGAAUGGCGCGAGGGUGUUAAGAGGUUACGCAAGUUUCGAAUAAAGGAUACUUGCUCAGCCAGAUCGGGGCCUUACGACCCCAAGCGCCGCCAUCGGAGCGACGAGAACUGCCUGGAUAACUAUGCGUGUCGCGCCAAGAUGCUUGGCUACGAUGUCUCCAAAAGCGAGGACAGCCAGGCGUACUAUGAAGUCAUGCUCCAAGAGGCCAAAGCACGCCCCAGAAAGCGCUACGCCGACAUUCUCGACCAGAGAAAUAACAAGACUUUGCAAGAGCGUGACUGGCAGCAGAUGGGGCAGCCGAGGAAAUACACAAUUCCGGAACACACUUAUGCGGCUGGAGAUUGGCCGGGCGAGAUUAUCGAGUCAUCGGCCUAUCCCAAUGGCAACCAAGGCGACGACCUUAUGGAGAUCAAUAAUGACAGGUCUCGAUACGUCGUCAAGUCGGCUGGCUGUGGGCCACAGGACUACGAACUCAAGACAAGAGCAGCUAAGAACGAAGUCAACGGCAUUUGGGUGACGGAACACAUCCUCGAACUUAACACCAUCGGUCGCUUUAUGGCAGCCUCACUCGACGGCGCUUUGCCUUCCUUACAGUUUGGCAUCGGCGCUUACCGACUGUCCCCCGUCACUAUGCACGAGGUCCAGAUGUUUGCUCACAGGUUUCAAUCGUGGGAUUUGCAUACGGCCAUCUCACCUGCCGACUCCUGUCUUGUGCAGAUGGGUUCUAAGCAAAACACCAGGGGCCUGGUCGUAUGUGACUCGACACUUAACAUGCUGAAGACCAAAAUAUACAAACUCGAGAAUCCCGUUGGCGAGACCACAUGGGACAACUAUGCCAUCUUCACUGUCCCAGAAAGCCUGGAGCGAGCGCUGGCAUAUAUCCAGGGCAUCAUGGCCGUUUUUGACUACUACGACGAUGCCAACGUCAAAAGUCGACAUGCACAGGCCUACCAAUUUGUUAUGCAAGAGCUGGCCCGAUUUGAGGAGUCGUACCGGAAACAGUUUGUACCCAUACGCGUAUUUGGCUUGAACAAAAGCUCCAAGGUCUUUAUCGCAGUUGGGAGGAAGCAUUAG